UGGUUUGUGACAUUCAACAAAAUUUCGUUGAACUGAAAUUUAAGCGCACAAAAGUUUUAAAUUAUAUGUUAACUAAUUUAUUGAACUUUGAGUGUGCAUUUUUAUAUUGUGAUUGAUAAAACAUAUUUUUGUUGUUCAAUUAUUAUUACUAUUAUUAUUAUUACUUGUGUACAAAGAGGUGAUAAAACAUUAAUGUAAAAAGUGUUGUUCAAGUCUACUUUAAUUUAAAAUUAAUUUUUGCAUAAAUUUAUCAGUUUAAUUAUUUGUUGAGUGUAAUUAAUUAUUGUUUAAUAUAACAGUGAAUUGGAUAUAUUUAUCUUUAUUAUUUCAAAUUAAAUUCAACAAUGGGCGUCCAUACCAAAAUGUCUGAUAGUAAUCCCGAAAUGAGAGCAACAGCUGCACGAAUUUGUCGCGACUAUUUAACUGGAGUAUGGAAACAUGUAAAUGCUGAAAAUAUUGGUCUCAAAUAUAUAAGUGGUGGAUUAAGCAAUUGGGUGUACAAUGUGCAAUUACCAGAUGGUACCACACCAAUCCGUAAUGAACCUCGACAAGUAUUAUUGCGAAUAUAUGGACAGGUUCAUGGUGAACGAGCUAUGGAAAGUAUUAUUACUGAAUCCGUAAUAUUUACUCUUCUAUCUGAGCGUAAGCUUGGUCCUAAACUCUACGGAGUUUUUCCUGGUGGCAGAAUUGAAGAAUACAUACCAGCACGUCCUCUUUUAACCAAAGAACUUGCAGAUCCUGAAAUAAGUGCUUCAAUAGCAGAGAAAAUGGCACGAUUACAUAAAAUGCAAGUACCUAUCAGUAAAGAGCCUACAUGGCUUUGGGAUACCAUGGCUAAAUGGUGUAAUAGUGCUGAAGAUAUACUUAAAAAUGUAGAUAAUGUAAAUAAUUUACAAUUAGAAUACAUAAAAGCUAUCAGAUCAACCAAUUUCAAAGAUGAAAUUGUUUGGCUCAAUCACUUUGUAUCUCAACACAAUUACCCUGUUGUUUUUUGCCAUAAUGAUUUACAAGAGGGUAAUAUACUUCUUCAUGAGAAAAAUUGCGGUCGUGACUUAGUAUUAAUUGAUUUCGAAUAUUGUUCCUACAACUACAGAGGAUUUGAUCUCGCUAAUCAUUUCAUUGAAUGGCGAUACAACUAUACACUUAAAGAAUAUCCAUUUUUCUAUGAAAAAAAAGCAGCCGGACCCACAGAUGAACAGAAGUUUCACAGGACUGCAAAUCUCAGAAACAAGCCUGAUGUCUGCUACAUAACUAGUAGGAUAGAUCCUGAAUGCCACUUAACUUGAUCCAAGAAUCUGAGAUUAUUAAUCAACUCCAGACGACCUGAAAUUCGUAUCUUCACCUUGCUACGACACUAGAGUGUACCACACUGCACGAAUUUUCUAUCAUCAAUUUAGACAAUUCGUCAGUUUAAAAAAAUCAUAUUCAAAACACAACUAUUUAAGGAUAAAAAUAUAGAGGUGUAUCAUGGUAUUUUUCAUUUCUGCAUUUAAAAAUUUACCGUAAAUGAAAGUUGGCAUAAAAUUAAAAUUAUAGAGAAUAUUUAUUUUUCAUCAUAAAU